UGGUGGGGGGCUGCCCUAUCGAUUUAAGCAACGUAACUUUGCCCCUGCUGCCCAUUUAAUGAAUGACAUCAAUGCAAAUGAGGCGGAUUUUUGUGAAUGGAGUGGCUCUGCGGAUGACGUCCGCGUGUCUCGCCGCCCUCCCAUUGGCUGCCGUCGAAACCAGCUCAUCGCCCCAUUGGCUGGGCUGCGGGAUAAUUACCCACCUCCACAGCCGAUGCACAAACCCGGGUGGCGGGAUAUAUAGGGGGCCACUGCUUCGCCGCUACACGCAAAAACACAGCUCGCAGCUCCUGUUCCGGACCCCCCUAAAAAAAUAAUAAUUUUAAAAAGAAAAAGAAAAAAAAGCCCACAUAUUUGAGAUUUAUUUAUUUUUGGUGCUUCUCGCCGAAGGGAGGGUACUAUGGUCAUGCUGAAGAUCUCGGCGUUCCUCAUCACAUAUGCUCUGGUCAUCUGCCAGAUGUACUGCUCGCAAGCUGCCCCCGCCAGACCGGCAUUGGAGUCCAUGUCGGAGAGGGUGACGCUGACGGAUUACGAGGCGCGGCGGCUACUCAACGCCAUCGUCAAGGAGUUUGUGCAGAUGACGGCCGAGGAGCUGGAGCAGCAGCAGCAGCAGGCGGCUGAGGGCAACAGCAGCGUUACAGCACAGAAGCGAGCCUGCAAUACAGCCACCUGCGUCACCCACCGCCUGGCCGACUUCCUCAGCCGGUCGGGGGGGAUGGGCAACAGCAACUUUGUGCCCACCAACGUCGGCGCCAAAGCCUUCGGCCGGCGGAGGAGAAGCAUUGUCAUGUGAGCACCUGGACGCAAAACGGUUGACACAUGGCGAUAAAACAUCGGGAGAUUAAAAAAAAAAUAACCUGGAGAAAAAAAAACAUCGACAAUGGAGCAGAAAAUCAACAGUGAACUGUCCCUUUGCAUACACUCACAUUAAAAAAAAACAAAAAAACAUCAAGUUUCCAUCUUCAUUUUGGCCCGUAAAUAAAAGCACUUUAGUUUGUGUUCACUUGCCAUUUUUUCUACAUUGGGGGGAAAAAAAGUGUUAACCAAGUCCUCCUUUUCCUCCUACCGUGUAGCAUUAUCCAGCCAGCGGGACCCCCAUCAGCCUACCAAUGGACCUCCCAUCCCCCUCCACCCAAAAAACAAAACAAAAAAAAA